CUGUUUAAAUUAAUAGUACACACAGUGCACGCACUUUAUGCUGCUUUGGGUCCGCCAGUAGUGUAGAGUUUCAUUUAAAGUCACAACUCAACUCUAUCCAAGUGCCAGCUCUGACUAAAACCUCCAACACCUGCGCAUUGAUACCUUAGGUAACGCACCAGAGUUUUCUCGUCAUUAUAUCGCCUUGCCUUCACUUAUAUUCUGUUCUCGUAUUAAUACAUUACGUUGCAGUGGAUUGCACACAGACACGCAUUUAUAUAAACUUUUAUCUCGGGUGCAUUGGGACUGAAAACAUGAUUAAAAAAUUGUGACCAGUGAUAAAUUUAUAAACUGAUAAUAGUUUAUCGUUUAUUAUUAAUUGCUGAUUUAUUGUGAGUGCUGUGCUAAAAUAUAAACAUCUAGCCAUGAUUGAACCCAUUGUCAGGCCGUCUGAGGCCACAACCAACUAGUGGCUCGUCAUCCAUUGUUAUUUUUUUUAUUUAAAUUUAAAUAUUUUUUUAAAAUUUGAAUAAAACCAGGACUUUAUUCUCGAGUCUCGAGUGAAUAUGACAGAAUAGUGGCAUGCGUCGAUUAAUCUAUGGCAGAUCAACAAGAUCAGUCGUCACUCGGGGGGUCUGUAGAGAAGGCUAGUGCUUCAGCAGACGCCUCUAAGCUAAGGGGGAAAAAUAUCAGCUCUGGUAGUUCGAGAAAGCGACAGGGAACUAGCACUCUUGUUGCCACACUAGGAGAGAAACGUCGCAAGCAACAGCAGCAACACCACCAACAGCAGACUGAUCCACAACCCUCGCAGGCUUGUGCUAUCCCCGUUCAUCGGCGCUCAAUCGAUUUAUCUAAAGGAGAAAGUAAAGCUAAGGGAGAACGUAAAAACCAUGGAAGUGGUGUAGGAUCAAUUACUGACACGGAUAAACAGAAAGCACACAACUCUAAUAGUGCCAGCAGUAGCAUUGGAAGAAAGUCUGCUGGUAAGAGUACUAUAUUUGAACUUAAUUCAGCGCCCAUCGAUUGCGUGGCUUCCCGAACUCGUUCUCGUGUUCCCCAAGUCCCGCAGAUUAUUCAAAGUACGAGUAACUUUCAAGCUUCACUGGCCAAUAUCUACAAUAAUAUAUACAAUAACAAUAACAAUAAAAAAUCUUCCACUGGAUUACCGAAUUUAGCGGCAUCGUCGAGUAACUCCUUCAUCAGUCAUCCGUCAACGUCCCGUGGACGAGACUUUUUGACCGAAAUAUUUUUAGGUUCUAAAUUGCAAACUGUUGGAGGUAAUUACGCAAACGGUGGAACGGGUAGUCAAGUUUUGGGUGUCAAGUCCAGCAUCAGAGUGGGUAACGCAGCUAGCAACUCUGUGGAGAGCGGAGGGGGGGCGUUGGCACAUGACGGGGCAGGCACAAGUGGCGUUACAACGACGUCCACUGGCGGCAACCCCCCGGUGUCUGCCUCCGCGAGUGCCAACUCUGCGCACCAUCAUCCAACGCACAAACAUUUGUUACGUUCACGAGUAAAAUUAUCUAGCGAUCAAUCAAAAGAAGUUACUGCUGGUGGUACUGGUUCUUCUAAAUCACUUGGUAAACAUCACAAAAAAGACACAACGACGGGAUCCUGCUCGAGUUCAAGACAUCGUUCAUUGUCACGUGCCCGUAAAUCUGCUGGAGAAAGUACUUCAACUGCUGCUGCUGCUGGUGGACUUGUUAUGUCGACAAGCGACUCACUGACUAAUAGCACCGCGAUACCAACAUCCGCAUCAGCAUCUGGAGGUCUACUGAACCCCUCCGUACCUGAAGAAGAGUCCGCUGCCAGUGCAACCCCUGCGGCACCCAGCGGUGGUCCGUCUGGAAUGUCUGGCACUACUGGUGACAGUGAAAGCGAUGAUGGCGAAGUUGGACGACUACAAGCGUUGCUCGAAGCACGUGGAUUACCUCCUCAUGUCUUUGGAGCACUUGGUCCACGUAUGCAGCAUCUGCUCAAUCGCAGCAUGGGGGCAAGCUCAGUUGCCAAAGCGCAACAGCUUCUGCCCGGACUCCAGGCCGUUGAUGACGAAGGCGAGCAGCUGCAAGCGGUUAUAGGAAUGGGAGAAAUUCUCGUCAUGGGAAAUGAAGACACGCUUACUGGUUUUCCAGUUAAACAAGUCGUUGCAGCCUUAAUAAACUUGCUUGGAAUUGAACACAAUUUUGUAAUAAUGACUCAUGCUUGUCGAGCCCUAACUUACAUGAUGGAAGCGCUGCCAAGAUCAUCCACAGUUGUCGUUGACGCGGUUCCAGUUUUUCUGCAGAAGCUAGAAUCCAUCGAGUGCAUGGACGUCGCUGAACAAUGUCUUACUGCUCUUGCCAUGCUGUCACGUCGGCACAGCAAAACAAUUUUACACGCCGGCGGUGUGUCUGCUUGCCUGAAAUUCGUCGACUUCUUCAACAUCACGGCUCAACGUGCUGCCCUCACAAUAACUGCUAACUGCUGUCAAAAUCUUCAUCCUGAUGACUUUCAUCUGGUGUCUGACAGCUUAACUCUGCUGACCACCAGACUGACCAAUCAAGAUAAGAAAAGUGUCGAGUGUGUUUGCCAAGCAUUCAGUCGUUUAGUCGACAGUUUCCAACAUGAUCCUGUGAUGUUACAUAAAAUUGUGACGCCUGAGCUCUUGCAGAAUUUGCAGCAACUGCUUAUGAUCACUCCGCCAGUAAAUAGUAUUGGUAAUUUCAUAACUGUUUUACGAAUGCUCUCUGUGAUAUCAAAUCGCUGUCCCGAUUUGGCGCAACUGCUUCUUCAACAAAACAUUGCUUUGACUUUGAGUUAUCUGUUAACUGGUUCGCUUGAAGUUAAAACCGAAGACGUUGAAUUGGUACCACGUUCGCCUCAGGAGUGGUUUGAAAUAACUUGUCUGAUUGAGGAAUUAAUGCCUCCAUUGCCCACAGACGGUAUAUUUAGUGUAAAUAAUUUACUUGAAAGAACAACCAAUCAACAAGAAACUGUUCAUUGGGAAUGGCGUGAUGAAAGACACUGUUGUCAUCCAUUUAGCACUAUCGAUUCUCGAAUUAUUGAGAUGGCUUUUCAAAAUGGAGAAGACGAAAUUUGCCUUUCAACAUUGGGUAGAACAUAUACAAUUGACCUAACUACAAUGAAACAAAUAAAUGAAGAUAUUGGAAUGGCUCGCAGUAUAUUCCGUCGUGUGAUGACUGAUCCAGCAGAGAACAAGAGUCCUACUUGUUCAUCAAGCAUGGAUGUUGUGCCGCCGGUGAUUGAAACAAACGAGUGGCUAGUAUCUUUCAUCAGAACAUUAUUUUCCGUUUUAUACGAAGUAUAUAGCAGCUCUGCUGGUCCUGCUGUUAAGUGUAAAUGCCUUCGAGCUCUUUUACGCAUGGUAUACUAUGCAUCAACUGAUCUUCUCAAGGACGUACUGAAAAAUCAAGUCGUAUCGUCACACAUAGCUGGAAUGUUAGCCUCACAAGAUUUAAGAAUAGUUAUAGGUGCUCUGCAAAUGGCUAGUAUCCUCAUGAAACGAUUGCCUCAAGUAUUUGGUGUACACUUUCACAGAGAAGGAGUUUUACACCAAAUUAGACAGCUUGCUGAUCCUGAGGUUCCCCUUGGCGUAUCACCACCCAAGUGCCCUUCUGGUACAUCAUUACCAAGUCCACAACCGGGUCCAUCAAACACACCAAUUUCAUCAACAAUGACUUUAUCCUCCAGCAGUGCGAUGUCUCCAGUGGCCUCACCCACAACCAAUGGAAACAUUUUAUUCGGUUCCAUUGCAACCAGCCAACUAAAGUCAAGUAUUGCAACACCAAUGGAAACUCGAAGUAAAAGUGAUUUAAAUACUAGUACUAAUGUUGAAGAAGCAACUACACCACAAAGUGCUCAUUUGUUUGGAGACGUACUGAAACGAAAACGACAAAAUAAAAAAGGCAGAUUUUCUCGCCUGGGUAACACAACGACACCACAACAAACUCAACAACCAGAGUCAUUAUUUACUGGUUUCGCUCAAAAAAAUAAUAGAUUUUUGGGUAAUUUAAAUCCCGCAAGAUGGGGAAGAAAAUCAUCUGGUUCAAGUGGUUCUGGUGAAAAAAGAGACUCGAGCUCAUCAGCCAGCCUUACAAAACCACCAAGCAAUCCAAGUUUAACUGGUGGUAAUCGUGAUAAAGCUAAAGCAUGGGUACGUGAACAAGCGUCAAAUUUCCUCGCUAGGUAUCAAGAUGAUGCGCCUUGUACACAUCCAGCACUUACGGUACUUUCACGUCUUACUUCAGCUAUACAACGUUUGCAAUCAAAUGAAUUAGAUGAAAUGUUAUCAGCAUUGACUGAAUUACGUGAUAUUGUGCUUGAAAGUGAUAUUUCACCGUUCGAAAUGAAUUACAGUGGCCUAAUAAAGGCUUUAUUAAAUUAUCUUACGACCACCGACGCACCGGGAAAUCGUUACGACAGACUGCGUAUGUUCUGGAAACUAUUCGCAGAGUCGACAAUGCAACAAGACGGAAUUGUCGUCGGUGAUGUCAAUCCAGGGGCAUUUGGUGCACUGGUACACAAAUUAAAUAGUUGCGUUGCGCAGCUGGAACAAUUUCCAGUUAAAGUCCACGACUUGCCAGCUGGUUCUGGAGCCGGUCGCGGAGGUACAAGUGCGUUGAAAUUUUUCAAUACGCAUCAGCUUAAAUGUAAUUUACAACGACAUCCUGACUGCAAUAAUUUGAAACAGUGGAAAGGCGGCACAGUUAAAAUAGAUCCGCUUGCACUAGUCCAGGCCAUUGAGCGCUACCUUAUGGUCCGCGGCUACGGUAGAAUACGGGACGCCGAGUCCAUGGUCAGCGAUGAUGAGAACAGUGAAGACGAUAUCGAUGAUACCUUGGCAGCAGUUGUCAUCAGCCAAGGAUCCAAGCACAAGCUUCAGUUUUUAAUAGGAGAUGAAAUCCUGCCAUUUAAUAUGACUGUUUAUCAGGCUGUUAGACAAUUUAGCUGCCCGGGGAUGGACCAUUCCGAGGCUGAGACUGAUAGUGAACCGCCUUUGGGUCACGAUGCCGUCUGGGUUCAAACUCACACAAUUUACUACCGACCAGUACCAGAAGAAGAAGUUUCUGCGUCGCCUAAACCGGGCUCUAGUUCCCAGGGUACGUCUAGCAGAAAAGGUAAAGGCAAAAGUACAAAAAUAAGUUCGAAGAGAAAAGAAGAUAGUUUUUGGCUCGAAGGUGUCAUCCCACCACCCAAGUGUCCUCUCGCUCCAUAUUUAUCAGCGACGUUGCCGUCGGUGACUAUUUCCGACGCAUCACUAGACGGUUUGUGUCUACUUCGGCUCCUCCAUUCAUUGAAUCGUCACUGGGGAGUUUUGUUCCCCCACCUCAAGAGUUCUUCUCUGCUGUCACCGCAAGAUUUUAUAAAUAAUAAAAUAGCUGCCAAAGCUAACAGACAAUUACAAGACCCAUUAGUUAUUAUGACGGGUAAUUUGCCCUCUUGGUUGCAGCAAAUAGCAACAGUGUGUCCAUUUUUAUUCCCAUUUGAAACAAGACAGCUGCUUUUGUAUGCAACCUCAUUCGAUCGUGAUCGCGCUCUGCAGAGACUUCUUGAUUCAGCGCCUGAAUUGUCUGGCUCUGAUAGUCAAGAACGCGUAACCCCACGUUUAGAAAGACGUAAACGAACUAUCUCACGAACAGACAUUUUAAAACAAGCAGAACAAGUUAUUCAAGAUCUUGCGUCAAGCAAAGCUUUACUCGAAGUGCAAUAUAUCAAUGAAGUUGGUACUGGACUGGGUCCAACUCUUGAAUUUUAUGCUUUAGUUUCACGUGAACUACAACGUUCUGAUCUAGAUCUGUGGCAUGGAAGUUCAAACUCCAGUGAAUCUGGUUACGUUAAUGUACCUAAAGGAUUAUUUACAAAGCCAGUGCCAUGGAAUACUAAAAUUCCACAUCUAGCAAAACUUAAAGCUAAAUUUAAAUUCUUAGGAAAAUUUAUGGCCAAAGCGAUUUAUGAUUCGCGUAUGAUUGACAUACCGUUUAGUUUGACAUUUUAUCGCUGGUUGUUGGGUGAAGAGCACACACUGACACUUGCUGAUUUAGCGCAUGUUUGUCCUGAUGUUUAUCGGUCACUCAGCAGACUCCAGGAAGUUGUGAGACGGAAAGAAGCCAUCGAGAGAGACCAGACUCUGCGGCCACAUGAAAAAGCGCAAAUGAUUGAGUCACUUGAACUGGACAAUUGUACGAUAGUUAAUCUAAGUCUGGUUCAUCAGUUACCGGGCUAUGAAAAUAUUGAGUUGAGAAAAGGUGGAAGUGAAAUACCGGUCACUAUUCACAAUUUGGAUCAAUAUAUCAAACUUGUGGUUCAUUGGUUCCUCAGCGAGGGCGUAUCGCGUCAAAUGGAGGCAUUCCGAGAAGGUUUUGAGUCGGUAUUUCCUACUAGCCAACUAAGAUUAUUCUUCCCCGAGGAACUUGAAGCAGUAUUUUGUGGCCAUGGACAGAGUGGCGGCCAAUGGGAUGUCAAAACUCUUAUGGAAUGCUGCAGAACUGAUCAUGGUUACACACCAGAGUCACGUGCAAUUAGAUUUUUGUUUGAAGUCAUGGCUGAGUAUAACAGCGAAGAGCAGAGACAAUUUAUACAAUUUGUUACGGGUUCUCCACGUUUGCCUGUCGGUGGUUUCAAAAGUUUAACUCCGCCAUUAACAAUCGUACGUAAAACAUUCGAUGCUUCAAUGAAGACGGAUGAUUUUCUACCAUCAGUAAUGACAUGCGUUAAUUACCUUAAACUGCCGGAUUAUACAACUCUAGAAAUAAUGAGAGAAAAGUUGCGGAUCGCAGCACAAGAAGGUCAACACUCGUUCCAUCUGUCCUAGAAACUGAUUUUUAAUUAUAUUUGUAUCCCUUGUUCAUUAGGAUAGGGACCAUAAGACAUAUUUUCGCGGAAGCCAACGUAAUAUUUAAUUCAUAAAAAAAAAAAUUAAUAAUUACAAUAAUAAUAAUAAUAAUUAAUUAAUGAAUAAUAAAUUGGAACAAAUACGUCUCUCACAUAACACCAUUAAUAUUAAAUUACAUUACAUUAUAAAAUUCUUUUUGAUUUAUUUUAAAAGUCAUUAUUUUUUUCUUUUUUUUUUUUUUUCAUUACAAGUUUUAAUAAAAUGUAAAUUUGGUUUGAUUUUACAUCUAAGUAUCAUUUAAUUUAUAUUUAAUUAACAGUUUAAAUUUAAUCGUGCGAUAAUUGCCGAUACAAUGGAGAAAAAUUAAAAAAAUAAAAGCAAUGUCUUCAACGUAUUAAAACUGAGAUAAAGCAAACACUAAGUAAAGUAAUUAAUAAAAAAAUAAACUAAUAAUAAUAAUAAUACUAAUAAUAAAAAAAAAACAUUAAGAAAUAUGUGGAGACGGGAGUUGUAAAUAUUAAAAAUAGUUAUUUCAGCAUAGUUUGAUAUACGCAAACAAUAUAAAUACUUUAUCAUACAGCCACGAAGCACUGAUACUAUUGGAAUUAUAAUAAAUAUUAAUAAAUAAUAAUAAUACAUGUAGGAAUGUGAGGACGAUUAAUAAGUAUGUUAAGUCAACGUUUUAUAUCAGUGGUGCACUUCGGUCACCGUGCAUCGCCAAUGCUCUUGUUCCCUGCGUUUGAGACAUGAGAAUCUAUAUAAUUAAAAUAAAAAAUUAAAUGAUUUAAAGAAAAAAAGAAAAAAAAAAUUUAAAAAUCUUGAGUAAGUAACGCGCGAUUGAGCGCAAGAGUAAUUUUUAAGAUCAACGUCCCUUGGAAAUGGAGUAAAAGAGUGUAAAGGAAAAAAAAGAAAAAAAAAUUUAAUAACUUGGUGUCUUGCUCGUUGUGUUGUAAUUGAUCUCUUGUUUGCUAUCAGAUAUUUAGCAGAGCUUUCACGCACUGCUGGAUAUCAUGCAACACUAUUUAAUUUUACUUAUUAUUGAUUAUUAGUUUAUAUAUAUAUAUAUAUAUAUAUAUAUAUAUAUAUAUAUAUAUAUAUAUAAAUAUAUAUUAUUUCAUAUUGCUAUUGUAGAUAAGGUAGCGAAAUAACUUUAUUAUUUAGUUUGAAUUAAGGGUGCCGUUAUCAUCGUCAGACUGUCCGGCUUAUUCUUUAAUAAGUACUUUAAAUAAAUAAUUAAAAUAAUUACGGUUAAUUAAUAUGAAUAUUAAUCAAGUACCGAUAUAAAUAACACUCAUUUGUAACUAUUUUGAAGUGAAAAAAUACUAGAUUAUUUACCAUUUGGUUUUUUUUUAUUUUAACGCUAAAACGUUAAUUGAUUUUUUUUGUUUAUGAAAAUAAAUGAUAAUUAAAAAUAUA